UUUUUUUACUCUAGGGGUUUUAACCAUAGUAAGUGAAUGUUUACAGAAUUGCGUCAAUUUAUGUGCGACAAGAUUAAAAAGCGACAAGUAGAAUCGGUAUCUAUGCAGUGAACGUGAUUGCACGGCAGAGUGUGGAUGCCAGUUUAAAAUGAAUUAUAUACGGAACAGUUUCUCCACGGGUAGUUUUAGAAGACGACAGACAAACUUGGUUGAAAACCGAGAGAAUUCACGGGUCAAACGAGAUGAUAAUGAUGCUUGUUUCGAGACGUACCGGCACCAUUGCACACAGUUGGAGCAAACAAUAUCCAGCUAUGAUAGUGACACCGUACCUAUGGAUGAUUUUGAACUUAUCAUUACAAGUCAUCUGGAACACUUGGUGAAUUUAGUUGGCAAAGACGUUGAAAAGAGAAAAUCUAUUUCAGGACCAUCUGCAUGCCUGGACCAUUUCCUCAACAGAAACAUUAUUUCAAUGGUUUGUGCCUGGAGCCUCGAAAAUAAGCAUGAUGGUCUGCUAGUUGCUGCAGCAGAGGCAAUAGACGCAAUAUUAGCUGCAGCGAAAAAAGUAGAUAAAGAAUUAGACCUGUUGAGAGAUGCCAGCUUUCACCAACCUAUUAGCCGAUUGUUUAAAAAAUAUGAAAUUGAAAAUGUGUCAGGCAAAUGUGUUUCCACAAAAAUGGAAAGCAUACUUGUCUCACUGUCCUACUAUGUUUGUGUCUUUAUUGUGAGAGAGCCAUCUUACCUGGACCUGUUUUAUGAUAUUGCCACUGUUGCAGACCAACCAAAGUUUCCUAUGAUGACCUUGUUAAUCUGUAAUUUGCACAAAUGUGGUGCCCAAGGCCAAACUUCCAGAGAUAAUUUAAAACUGCUGAUGGCACUGGCUAAAGAACAGCAGUUACUAGCCCAAUUCAUAGCUCUACAUUCAGAUCUAUGCCCAGUCGUUGCAACUGGGUUAAGUGCCUUGUUCUCAGAUCUACCCCGUCCUCUCCCUUGGCAUGUGCAAAAAGCGGGGAUGCUGUCAGAUUUGGACAUCGAAUCCUUGAAGGAGGUCGAAAAUUUUGUAACGUCAGUGGAAUUCUGUGAUUCGAUCCUGGAAACAUCAUCGUGGCUGAUUGUCACAAGACUACUGGAUAUGUGCUACAAAGGCUUCCUGGUUCCUGUGCUUGGUCCGGCGCUUUUUCAGGACUCAACAGGACUCAGCGUUAAGUUACUCGACUCGCCUUUUAAUGUGAACACCAUGAAGGAGAUAUUUUCUGCAACGUGCUACCUGACUCUGAUGAUCCGGCGGAUUCGCCACCGUGGGCUGAUCGGAAUCUUCGUUCGCUUUCUCUUUGUUAACACCUAUGAAGAUAAACCAAUUAUUGACUUCCUCGUCGAACGAAUGUCAGCAAAAAGCGAAAUCCGACUGGCAACCUUGAACCUCUUUUACGCCUUAAUCGAACUAAAUUGUGAAGAUGUUAUGUUGGUAUUAGCUAUGCGACAUCUCUUACCGUGCACCCACGUCAUGCUAUCGCAGAGGGGAGACAUUCUACAGGAAAGUGACACAAACUGCUUAUGGGCAGCCAAAUUUCUAUCUCUUGUGCCGACUGCGUGUAUCACUCGUGCCUUAGACAAAAACAGAAUUCCAGAUUCGGGACAAAAUUCGGCUGAGAAUGAACCCAUUUCUCGAAUACGCAGCUGGUCAAGAGCCAGCAUAGAUUCUGGUGACAGAAGGUAUGGUCAUUUGGCGUUCACAACUAACGACAGAAAGCCGACUUCUGCCAAGCAGGCCGUGCCAAACGGUUGCUCUGCCUCGGACUUUGACUGCAAUCAAUUACGGAAGUAUCUCAAAGACCAAUUCAAUCAGAUGCGCCCAUGUGUAGACGCUGUCGACCAUUGGACUUAUCGCUAUAACGGCUCAAAUCCACCGAUGAGGGAAACCGUUCGCAUGCUUUCCAAAACUUCAGAUAUUGAAGAACCUGCAAUUGAUACAAUUGCAAGCGCCAAUACGUUAGACCAACCUGAAAAAAAAUUGGAUCAAACAGUUGCCUCUCCUGCCCCCCAGUACCCACCAGUAAAUCCCGCAGACAUUUACCUAUACUGUAUGGAACAGCUGACAACGUGCUUGAACGAAAUGAAAUCAAACCCAACCUCACCUGGACAGAGCAGUGGAUAUUACAGCAUCAAUUGUAACACACAACGAAGUGACCUGUUGAAAGAAGAGACCAGCUUUUUCUCAAAAGAAGUUCAAGAUGAUUUGGAAUUCUGGUCUCUGAUGCGCGACGAUGACUUUGAUUCUGCACCAAUUAUUCCGCCUGUUGUUCAUUUGGAUGAAAAUGCUACCUACCAAACUAGUUUACCAAGCAUUGGCCCAUUCUUGGAAAACUUAGUCAAGUCUAUCGAUGGAUGGCUUAACAAUAGCAUUGAAGUGAACAUUGCACUAUGUUCUAUCUUAUCCCGGCUUGCAACGUAUCCCCAUCCGCUGCUACGAUCUCUAAUACUGAAUCCCUACCUCAUCUUACAGCCCAGCAUACCAAGUCUUACUGUUAGUAUUGCCACAUUGAAGCAGCGUAUUGAUGGCGCGUUAAGGGUUCACGAGAAUCAAGACAAACUGAUAGAAGAAGCUAGGCUGGCAUUACAGGCUCGCUUGCCCUAUCCUGUCUCUUCUGUUAGGAGAGACGGUACUGUCAACGCCAUCAACAAAGAUAUUAAGCACAAGCCUUCGAAAUUCGCCGGAAUCUUCAGUUCUCUUGUUCGCAAAGAUAUGGCAGAUUCUAUAAGAGAAGAAGACUUCGAACGAAAUAAUAUUGGCAACUACCAGCGACAAACUUUUCGAACUGAUGGUGCGGAGAACAGCGACCCAAUUGGGAACCACGUCGCUAUUUGCGCCGUUCUGCUUGAAGAGUGGUUACUGGAAUUGGCUGCAGCGUGCAUGGAACAGGCUGUUCAGUUUACUCCGUUUACCAUCCCCCUUACGCAACUGUAAAUUCAAACCGCAAGUACAGUGACUUUGCUAAGCAAGUUACUUUUUCAUUAAUUACUUUGUUAGUACUGAGUUCCCCUUUGCGUUUGCUUUGGUGAGCUUCUUAUCAGCUAUAUCAAAGUAAAUGCGUGAUUGUAUUCAUUUUUUAUGAAGUAACGAACCUGGCCACCUGUCUAUAUCAUUUGGGUCUGAUCGGUGAUAAAUUUUAAAUGAGGAACUGUUAUUACAUUGUUGAUCGAGACGAA